CAGGGGGAAGAGACUGAGUAGAGGAUGGCGUACACACAGCUGGAACCCAUCAAUGAGGGUCUCCUGUCCAGAUUGUCAAACUUGUUGUUGUGCCGCUGGUCGUGUGGCUCGUGCUGGCGGUGGUGUUGGGAGUGUAGCUGCUGUCAGACCAGUGACGAGGAGGUGGAGAUACUGGGCCCCUUUCCUGCUCAGACCCCCUCAUGGCUUGUUAAUGAGUGUAACGGAGAAAAGAGCACAGACUCCCAAGUCACGCCCAAUGACCACACAUCUCCACCUGCUCGCAACAACACCACCAGUCCCAGCCACCGGCACUCCGGCUCGGACAUGUCCCGCUCCACCUUCAGCCUGGUCCGCCAGUUCUCCAAUCUGGAUGCCCGUAGGCCCAGUUCCCCGUUGAUGGACGUGAAGCCCAUUGAAUUCUGGGCCAUGGGCCCCAGGAAAGAGGUGGUGCAGCCCUUGCGGAGGCCUCAGACGCCACAAGACGACUAUUUCCGCAAGCUGGAGCCUCGACUCUACUCCUUGGACUCAUGCGGCGAUGACGUGGACUCGCUGACGGACGAUGAGAUCCUGAUGCGUUACCAGUUGGGCAUGCUACACUUCAGCACACAGUAUGACCUCAUCAACGGUCAUCUGAGCGUGCGUGUCAUCGAGGCACGGGACCUUCCUCUGCCAGUCACCUGCGACGGAGCACGCCAAGACAUGGCCCACUCGAACCCUUACGUCAAGAUGAGCCUGCUCCCCGACCACAAAAACUCCAGGCAGACGGGGGUCAAGCGUAAAACCCAGAACCCCGUCUUCGAGGAGCGGUUCACCUUCGAGCUGCCUUUCCUAGAGGCACAACGUCGAACGCUGCUACUCUCUGUGGUCGACUUUGACAAGUUUUCCCGACAUUGUGUCAUCGGGAAGGUGGCAUUGCCCCUCAGUGAGGUGGACCUGGUUAAAGGAGGACACUGGUGGAAGGCCCUGGUACCCAGCUCUCAGAAUGAGGUGGAGCUCGGAGAAUUGCUCCUGUCUCUUAAUUACCUGCCCAGCGCUGGCAGGCUCAAUGUCGACAUUAUUCGAGCCAAGCAGUUGCUUCAGACAGACAUGUGCCAAGGCUCAGAUCCUUUUGUGAAAGUGCAGCUGGUGACGGGGCUGAAACUGGUGAAGACCAAAAAGACGUCCUGUAUGAGGGGCACCAUCGACCCCUUCUACAACGAGUCUUUCAGCUUCCGUGUGCCUCAGGAGGACCUGAAUGAAGUCAGCCUUGUUUUCACAGUGUACGGACACAACGUGAAGAGCAGCAACGACUUUGUGGGCCGGAUCGUGAUUGGACAGUUCUCCACAGGACCGCCGGAGAUGACGCACUGGAGGCGCCUGCUCAACUCGCAGCGUACGGCCGUGGAGCAGUGGCACAGUCUCCGCUCACGGGCUGAGUGCGACAGGGUCUCCCCCGCCUCCCUUGAAGUCACAUGA